CUAGCCAUUAUUCAGAAUCAGGAUUUUAAGAAGAGUUGCUGUUUCUAUCACGUUUCCCUCCACACGCCCACCCCAUCUUCCUCGCGUUCCCGCGAUGAGUUUCAUGGCAUGUUUACAACUUCAUACCCGUGUUGCUGUGUUUACUGAGCGGCGCGAGAGAGUUAGUUAAUGUGGUUCAAGCAUUUUAUAGUUGCAGUGUCUAAGGGGAAAUUGCCUGUAUUCAGCGAUCACCUGCCUUAGCGCGGUAAUCGAGGCCUUCUUCCGAAUCCCUUCGACGACAGCGGAGGGAGACGCUGCGUUGUUCCGCGCAUUGUUCCGCGAAAGACACAAAAGCAACCGACGCGCGUCCGCAAAAAGCGCGUGUGAUGGCGAGCGACCAAAACGCGUAGUCGUCACCAGUUGGGAUACGCUUCGUCCCUCAACAAGUGAUGACCCUGGCGCCCAAGGCUAAAGUGGAAGUGCUGGUCAGAGCAGUCACGGCGGCGGACGACGAUGCCCUCAUCAACAAGAAACUUCCGAAGGAGCUGCUGCUUCGCAUCUUCUCCUACCUGGACGUCGUCUCGCUGUGUGCCUGUGCACAGGUGUCCAAGUUGUGGCACGAGCUUGCGCUAGACGGAAGCAACUGGCAGAAGAUCGACCUCUUCAACUUUCAGACGGACAUCGAGGGUCCCGUGGUGGAGAACAUCUCGCGCCGAUGCGGCGGCUUCCUCAAGAAACUCAGCCUUCGCGGCUGUCAGAGCGUCGAGGACGCGUCGCUAAAGACGUUCGCCCAGAAUUGCAACAACAUCGAAGACCUGAAUCUGAACGGCUGCAAGAAGCUCACGGACAGCACCUGCCAGAGCCUUGGGAAGCACUGCAGUAAGCUGACCUUCCUCGACCUGGGCUCGUGCUGCCAGGUGACGGACCUGUCACUCAAGGCGAUCGGCCAAGGCUGCCCUGCGCUUGAGCAGAUCAACAUUUCCUGGUGCGACCAGGUGUCAAAGUAUGGCGUGGAAGCUCUGGCUGCUGGUUGCCCAAGGCUGCGCAGCUUCGUCAGCAAGGGCUGCCCGCUGGUCAAUGACGAGGCAGUCUCCAAGCUGGCCCAGUAUUGCGGCGGCCUGCAGACCCUCAACCUUCACGAGUGCACCAACAUCACUGAUGCUGCAGUGCAGGCUGUCAGCCAGCACUGCCCCAAGCUGCACUUCCUGUGUGUCUCCAAUUGUGCGCAUCUGACCGACACUGCUCUCGUGUCUCUCAGCCAGGGCUGCCACGCGCUCUGCACGCUCGAGGUAGCCGGCUGCACGCAGCUGACGGACAGCGGCUUCCAGGCGCUGUCUCGCUCCUGCCACUCUCUCGAGAAAAUGGACCUUGAAGAGUGUGUGCUCAUCACGGACAACACGUUGAUGCAUUUGGCCAAUGGCUGCCCUAAGCUGCAGCAGUUGAGCCUUUCCCACUGCGAGCUCGUAACGGAUGAAGGGAUCCGGCACCUCGGUGCGGGCGCCGGUGCGGCCGAGCACCUGCUUGUGCUGGAGUUGGACAACUGCCCAUUGAUAACAGAUGCUUCGUUGGAGCACUUGGUCGCGUGCCAGAAUCUGCAGCGUAUCGAGCUGUACGAUUGCCAGCUGAUUACACGCGCUGGCAUCCGCAAGCUUCGCAGUCACCUGCUGGACCUGAAGGUGCAUGCCUACUUUGCACCUGUCACGCCUCCGCCCUCAGUCGGGGGUGGCAGGCCUCGGUACUGUCGCUGCUGCGUUGUGCUCUAGUCAAGUGAGAAAGACGUGGGUGUGGGGGAAAUGGGUGCUUUUAGGAAUUGCCUUUUGCUGCUGCUGAUCAAGGUAGUGUAGAAAUUGUUAAUGUUGGACAUGUAGCCCCAAUCAUCUACGUGUGGAAUGUGUCGACAGUUUUCUGAUGUGGCAACAUCUACGAUUGCCUGUGUGGCUUAAGAUAGCUUUCUAGAAUGUGGUGAGAGGAACGGUGACCAUGUGGCAGCAUGUUGUCACCAAGAGGUUGUUUCAAGUCCACAGUUACGUAAAUGUUGCUACUGCAGUUUGUUGCACACUGUUUGCACAUUCUAAACAGGUGUGAUUUGAGCUUUACAUUUCACGUCAUUUUUAGCUCUUUUUUUUUCCUGUCUUAACACAACUCAAAGCACAUUUUAUCGAUGUCAGGGGCAACCAUUCUGUUGAAGAUAUAGACGAAAAUUUGAUUGGCAACAUACCACCUGCCACCACUUGACAGUGAUUUCAUUAUGCCAGUGACGAUGACAGUCUUUGUCCACAAGUACAGACUUGAUUCCCAUUCCACAGUUUGCUAAGUGCUUCUUUGAAAGCACCGGCUAUUUGUUAACAUAUUCCUUGCUGCAAGUGGGUUGUAGGUACUGCAGUCUUCGUGAUAGUGACACUUGGUCAUGCUACUCAGUGGUAGUAACACUUUGACAGUGUGAGAAAUUGCUUAAUCAUCCUUAAACUUGCAUUUCUUGUUUCACCUGGUUCUUGAUUACGUGUCUAACGUUCAGUACUGCAUAACAGGUGUAAUCACAGGUAUAAUGACACAUCAAAUAAGGUCAACUGUAGACGGUGACCUGAAGAAUGCAGAUGGCUUAGUGGUAUCAUAAAUGCCAUACUAGUGCACUGCUUGUAACUUCAUCUAUUUAAUCGUAUUAGAGGAUUAGACAAGCACUGAUUUUUUUAUCAUGCUUGUGAUUUACUGUCAUGGUAGUUGCUGCCAGUUUGAGCAGAUGUGAUACAAUGCAUCAUUUCCAGAGGUAAAGAAUAAAAUUAAAAAGCAAAAGCUUAUACCUGACUGUUUGUCUGCUGAUAGGCACGUUUUUUUUUCUCCCUCUCUUAUCCUGCAAAACAUCGCUCCGAGGCCUUGACAGCCUGUGACAUAUGGUAUCUGAAUUGGGACAGUGAGCAUAUUUACCACUUGAAACAACAUAAAAAUGAAAGAUGGUCCCAGGGUUGAACCACAGAUGUAAUCUAUUUGUGUCCAGUUUAUUCCACCUUUGCAUUUUUGUUCUGCUUUGCGGUUGUGACCUUGAAUGGUUCAGGCGUGCUUUUGCCUGCAAGAACCUUUGCAGCGUGCAACUACAUGAUGCUGGCGGCAGGGCAGCAAUGUUUAGUGAUGCAGGCAAGGGUGCUUACUUUUCCAUUUUCACCAGAACACUGCGUACACAAUCACAGUUUACGUAUCACAGCACUGAAUCUGAAAUGUGGUGUUCAAUUUUCAGGCUCUUGAACCCUGUGCACUCGAAGGCAGCAUGAUUGUUUGUCUUCGGCUCGCAUGACAAGCAGAUGAAUUUGUACAGCGCAGAUGACAUACAUACGAGUGGAUCCCUCGUCCAUGUGUCAUCUUCUUUAUAGGAAAAUGGUUAAGAGUUACUAACAAGCCUCCCAUGACCUCUUAAUAGGCAAUGUGAUGAUGCAGAUUCACUGCACAUAUCGUGGUGCACGCACAAUGUUUCACAGCACAGCAAAAUGUGUGCACUGUGUCUUGGAGAGCAGGCUACAAUAUGCCUUGAUGCAGCACCAUAAUUAAAGACUAUGUAACGAACGCCAUCACUUGUGCUGUUGUGACACCCUGUUGGAUGCCUGACUUCCUAUAAAUCAAGACUGCAACCACUUGUUAGAAAAGAAAUUGUUUGGGAAUUAGGUUAUCACUGCAAGGAAUAGUGAUAUUCAGAAGAAGAAAAACCUACAAUAUAUUGUUUGUCUCUACUUUUCAGCAUAAGCGAGUUUUGACUUUGAAACGGGCAACAUUUUGGAUAAGUCACUACAGUUGUGAGCUAUCAACAUUUCCCCCUCUCUCCUAAUAAAGGAUAAGGUUUCCUGCUUGAGCUUCUGACCUACCCUUUUCACACGUUGAUAACAAGUCAGAUAACAAGUAUCUUCUUUACGUACAGUGGACAUUUGCAUACUAAUCGUGUGUGAAGUAGUGUAAUGAGCAAAAAACACUGACACACUUGUUAACAGAGCAAGACUACAGCUUUUCUACAGCUUUAGUUGCUUGAACCUACCAUUAAAAAAAAAUGAAAAAAAGCUUUUUCAUAACUGCUUAGCAUGUUGGUCAAAGUGUUGGCCGAAGGUGAAAAUGUGGUCAAAAGACAUUUUAGCAUGGUUUCGUUUGUUUUUGCAUGCCCACGUGAGGAUUGUUGCGCACGAUGCAGCCUAGAAUAUUGGUGACCUAUAGCAUGUACCACAAUACUAAAUUGGUAAUGCGUAGUCACACUUGUUCAUUGAAAAUGUUCUUCAACUUGAUGUUCCAAGUUUUCCCCAGUGUGAAACCUGUGAUUUCACCAUAAUUAACUGUGCCAGGGGGCGUGUUAUAGCACUGAGAAUGUCGUGAGCACAUUGUGUGUGCCAGUAAAAGAAAGUCUGUCACUUCUAGUGACUUAGACCAUAUAUCAGACCACUUUUGUGCCCCCAAGCAUGGGUAACGCUUCAGUAGCAAAGUUGUGUAGAGCACUUGUCAACUUUCCUUAAUUUGGCAUCAGUUACCAAAGUACUAAAAGGCACCCAUGUUUUUCAAACACUUAUUACUCAGUCUUAUUCAAAAGGACUCACUUGACCUUUAAUUAAUUUGAAGCAAAAAGAAUAAUCUUGCUGGGUUAGGCUUAAAAGAUGAGAAAUAAUGCUUUGUGUGCCUGCCAUUUGUACUGCAGAUGCUUUUGCAGAUGAUUUCUGUAAGUGAGGCUUGGCAUGAUAAUUAAGUGGUUCCUUAGGCGUUCAGCAGAAAUCUUGUGACAUUUUUCUUCAUGAAACAUCUAGGGCAUAUGCAUUUAUGUGUAAUGCUGAAGCGGUGCAUUAUCCAAAUGCAUUUUGGCAAAACAUUACUGAGGUGGAGCUUAUCUAAUCAAAAUAAAAGUUUGACCUCCUCUUGAAAAUGGACAGAAAACUGCAAAGGAAACCAGCUUGGUUCUUCGAGAGAUAACAUUGUGAUUUAAAAAAAAGUUUUCUAUAGUUAAUUUUCACCGGUUGAGCAGGUCGUAGACUAGGGUAAAUGUCUUUCAGCUACACCGUUUACAGUGAAGAAAUAAAUCUGGUUUCCUUUGAAGCUGUCUGAUGAUAUCACUUGACAUGCUGUGUUCCUCUCAUCAGAAACAUUAGUUUCUGACUUGCACAUUAUAUUUGUACAGCGUAUAACAGCAAGGCACAAAGACGCACUUUUAAUUUACCAUGCAACUAUUAUUAGCUUCUCUGAACAAUUCAUGCCAAUUAGUCUUUUGGUUCUUGUAAAUGCCAUAUUCAUUUGUGCAGUCACCUUACUGUUUGCGUCGUUUGCAACAGAUAUUUCUUCAUGGGUAGAGCACUCGGGAGUUCAGUUUUAAUUUUAUGAUAUCAACACAGUUCUUUCCGCCCUUGCAUAUUGUACAGCAGAAUCUCUUUUAUAUGUUCCUGAUUUGUGCAAUUUUCCCCACAGCAGACAACAUUGAAAAUAUCCGUGAUACGUCGUCUUAGAAAUUGUGCUAGUUCUCGUAUUUUUUCAUCUUAUUUUUUUAAUCUUUCCAAUUGUAUCAGUGAUGUUCCACCGUUUAGCACCUAAGUCCACUUGUUUUAUCAGCAGCAUUCUGCACGUGUAGCAGAUGCCUUUGCAUUUACUUUUUAUCUUUUCAUAGUUGCGGCAUUGUAUUGUUUUUCCCCCAAAUACCAUUUCAAAUUCAGUGAUGAGGUACCGUAAUAUUAUUGGUCAUUUUCACGAAAUGCUGCUCUCCAUGCAUGCAGCUUGGCUAAACGCUGUGGAAGCUGAUUGGAUGAAAGGAAUUUGUACGCAGACAUGCUUCCCGUUGCCGUUAUUAUUUACAUCACACUUUCUUGUGUCACACAUGCCCUCUCGCACUGUGUUCCAGAGGUACUGCGACAUCCACACACGCUGGUCGCUGCGCUGAGCUAUCUUGCUUGAGAGAGAAAGCAUAGCUAAAAAUGAUUAACCAAGUGUACGGUGCCUGUUUUUAACUGAUGCCUUCGUCAUUGAAUUGGUAGUUUUGGCUAAGCUGUCUGCCUUUUACUUGCAAGCACCAUCUCCUGCUUAUCUGGUUUUGUUCUGUACUCGCUAGGGUUCAGCAUUUUCGGUUAAAGUAAAAAAAGAACGAAAGAAAAAGAAAGUAAAAUAAUAACUUGGGUGCAUCAAAUUCAUUUUAAGAAAUUCAGUUUUUAUUUAGAAAGGUCAGCAUUUGGAAAGUUGAAAAAGGAGAAAUUGCACGCUGUUGAAGUUUAUACGCAGCAGCUAUGCAUUUGUGAAGCUUUAUCAUACAAAAGUUGGGGCAGAUAUGGCAUAGAAAUGGCAACUAUUAUCGAAUAAAGCGCUUGUUAUAAGGUGAAAACUACAUUAAAUCCUAACCAGGGUCUCGUCGAUAUUAACGUCAAUAUUGUUUUAUUGAAUUGUGAAUUUUAUUGAAUUCUAUGAAUUGUGUUUUAUGUGAUUUCAGCGUUCCAUACUGUAUAAAGAAGAUUGCGAGAGAAAAAUAUUGUUUUAUUGGCAGGUUGGACUUGGGAAUAUCAGCAAGGUUUAAAGAUUGAAGCAAAAUAAAGAGACAGGAACACGUUAUGCAGACACACACAAGUGCUCCCUUUUCGUUCUUGUGCCUUUCAAUUUUCCUUGAAAAUUUAAACAUGUCUCGUCAAUCGUACGACAUGGCCAAACCUCAUCAAAGGAAUGAUGGUUAGCUGAAGCAGCAGAAGCUGGGCAUGCAAAAAUUUUUUUUAAAUAAAUAAAAGACACUAUGGAACAAGGAAAAUGAUGGCAUCUCUUUUGACUUUCUCCUUCAGCUCCCCAUGAUUUCGUAGAUUUUAGCACUGUCCAGCUGAGGCUAGUUAAUAUUUCUUUAGUUAAAUGAUUAAAGAAACACCAGUUAUGUUGCAUUAGAAAAGAAACGGAAGAUUCAACCUAACAACUGUUAGACUUUGUCUACAGAAAGGUUCCAAAUAUGCAAAAGUGUAGUAAAAUUUGGUGUUAUACAAGAUGGUCAACGGCGAUGUCAUUAGGGCAUGAAAUUUAAAAAGGUGCGAUGCUUGUCUUUUGCGCUAGUAGAUAGUAUUUUUCUGUGUUUUGAAUGGAGAGAGACAGUUAUGGCGCUGGUGCAUUCCUCAAUCCCCUCAAGUUUUGAAAGCGUAAUCUACCAGGACAAAUUGAUGUAGUGUUUAUUAGUAUCCCUUUUAGAUUGUAGCUACCUGAAGCUACAUGUACUUACAUUUUUUUUGUACGUCCACACAUUCACAUUCUUUUAUGAACAGCAUGUGUAGCUGUUGCAUGUGCCUCAUUAAGGCACACUCUUGCUUCCUACUUCUGUGCAUAGUUGACAACUGCUAAAGCUCCCUACUGACAGGAAAAGGAUUACUGUGUUCACUGCACAUUAUGCUGACCGAUGUAUCGUAGAUGUUACUUAAUUUAGUAUGCAAACCUUUAUGUGAGCACUCAUUGGAAUAAAUGAGUAAGCUCCUUACAGAAAGAAGCUGAUAAGGCUAAAAGUAAUUGAAGAUCCGUAAAAGAUAUUAAUAAAGAGCGCGCCAAAUAUAUGCAAUGUAAAAGUUGGAAAUGCUGGUCCCUAGUCAUUUUCACAUUACAUUUUCUUGUUUUUUCUUACAUUUUGUGGCAGUAUGGGAGAAAAAUCAGUCAUGUAAUAGUGUAAGUGGUGAGGUUCUGCCAAUGGUUUCAACAUGUUUUGUAUUACUUCGCAUACGUUGACGUUGGGUCUUGUUAGCAAUAUGAGCAAGUAGCCCUAUUUCCACGACCAAAAGGUAGAUAGCUUUUAUACGUGGUGUAUUUAAUGCUAACUGUAUAUAGCACUGUGCCGAGAAUCUCACUGAUGAAACUGUCCAUGCUUCCUGCCAAGUGUUGCACUGUACUUCAUAAUGACGUGAUGCUAGUUGGCUCUCAGUGCAUUUAUAUUUCACUGCUUUUGCUACAUACAUUGGUCUUGGGAGUAGUAUUUCAACAUAGUCAUCGCAUUUGCACGUGUCGUUGUGUACCGCACUCAUUGUGGUAGCACCGCUUAGUAAAGAGAGUUGCUUUAAUAUUCUAUGAACAAAUCUGAUCUGUACCACUGGCAACCUUUAGAGUUCUGAGAUCACACCAGUUUCAAAGUGCCACUGGUAAAAGCUGGGUGUAGUGAGAUGCCAAUCCGUUGAGCUUGACCGAGGUGCAAGCUGUGAGUGGUGACCUGAAGCAUUAUUUCAGCUCAUCAGCUAUUGUCGAUUGAAAACGAAGUUGCUUGAAAUGGCAGGUGCAGCCAGUAGCAAAAAGAUGCUAAUUUGUAAAAGUUGCUUAUUUUGUGUUCUGUGCUGUAUGUUGCUUGAACCUGUCAUCAUGUAGCUUUGCAGGCACAGGGUUUCAUGGUUAGCUAUUUUCCUUUUUUUUUUUUUUUCGAAAUGGUGACAUGAUGUUCAGCACAGACAUUCCUAUGCUUUUGGCCAAUCAGCGUGCCUGUAUUUUAAAACAUGGGGCCUAUGGGGGAACUUUUGCAACUGGUGUGAUUGUAAAACUCUGAAUACCCUUGUCUUCUGGAGGGAUGGCCUCACUGGCAAAGAAAAAUCUUGCAGCUGGGAGAAGAAGUGUUUCUCGACAACUCUAAGGAGUAAUUCGUAGACAUUUGUACACUGAGUAUGGUUAGGAGUUGUGAGCAGUAGUUUGCCUUUUCUUCUUUGCUUGCAGCUUACAUCUCUGUGUAUUGUUAGAAUGGAUUUACAUGGUCAAGAAACUUGGUAACUUGUGUCCACCAAAGCAGUAACAUUUUUUUCGCUCGCGAUACAGUGUGUUAGAAAGAUCCAUGUUGAUAAUUUCUACUGGCCCUCUGAAAAGAAAAUAUUUGUGUGGAAUGAGGAUGGUGUGAAUUUAUAUUGGUGAUGCUGUGGCUCUGUACAUUUAAGACAACUUGUAUGUGGGACUGCAUGUAACAUACCAAUGCCUUUCGGCACUUUUCGCGUUCAUGAGUGGUCCGGGCGGAGCUUCGAAAAUGGCCACUCACGAACAUGAAAGGCACCAAAAGGCAUUGGCAUCAGGAAAAGGCAUUGCUACAAAAUACCGGCCCUGAAGUUGUGUGAACGAUCACUAACAAUUUAAAUUCAUGAUUUUUGUCUUUUUCAUUUAUCAUCGUAUUUUUUUACUUCAUACCUCAUAUUUCAGUUCAAUUUUUAUGUGCUAAACACUAAUUUUGUUUGUGCAAUGUUCACAUUAUGAAAUGGCAUAAACGCAUGUAUAAAUUUAUUCCAGUGCUGGGAGAUUGCCAAUUCACUUGUUCUUGCAUACUCUGUUGCCUAGUAUGAUUUAUGGAAGUAGCAAGCUUGCAAUAGUGCUGACAUGCAUUCUUACCAGAAAUAUUGUAUUUUAGCACUCACAACCUACACUAAAAAUUUAAAGAAGUUACAAGUACAUAGCUAGAGUGCGGUUUGUGUGCGAAUUUUACCUCCAGGUGCAGCUUUACGGCAUUGAAGAGCGCGUUGCCAUGAAUUUAUAGGGGUGUGUAGUAUUCAUAACUUUCACAUAACAAAUCGAAUAUAUUGUAAACUUAAUUUGGUCUUCAAAUCGAAUAGUCGCUAUUUGCUAACACGAAUAUUUUUCUAUUCGUUUUUGAAUAUUUUCAGUCGUCACCUGUGGCCGAUUGCGCACAUAAUUGUAGCAAAAAGUGCAACAAAUUUCAUCCCUGCAGCCAUAGUGCACGAAUAAAACAAAAGAAGUUACUUAGUGGAGCACAUUGUACGUCAUUCAGGGAGCCAUACUUUUCCAGUUAAACUGCUGUCAUUCGCACUCAUUGGAGAGUCCCGAGUUUGUGAACAAACUGCUUAUUUGCUCUGAAUGCUUCAUUUGUGCAGUGUAAUGACAGAAGCUUGAUAAUGUAGUGAAUAUACUAGGACGUGAACAUCGAUUUACAUUUUAUGGUGGGCACGGCUGUUUAUUAUUUGAAAACUACAUUUGAAAAGUACUCUACGUUCGAAUCGCUUCUGGCACUAUUCAAUCCGUAUUCGAUUUGAUGUAAAAAAUUACUAUUCGCACAGCCCUAGUAACUUAUGUAUAAACUCCAGUCAUGUCAUGGUGAAGCCAAUGAAAAGCAACAGUGAAAGCAGUGAUGUAUGAUUGCACAGAUGUCGGGUUAAUUUUAUAAAGGUUUUAGCAUUGUUCUGUGUUGCUCUAUGUGCAAUUUAUAUGUGCAGUUUUUUUUUUUUUUUCCGUGGGUUGUAAUUGAGUGCAGGGGUUAUAUAGAGGUUUAGGUUAUGCAUGGGAAAUGCGAUAUUUCCAACACGGGGGGAAGCAGCGGAUGAAAAUAAUCAAAGCAUAAGUUGCAUGAUUUCUUACCUGGAACAGAGGCAAAAGCAAAAUGCAAUUAUUUGUGAAUGAGUUGUACUAAAACAUACGUGCUUUGUACCAUGCACUUCUUAUGUUAACACUAUUGGUAAUGUUGGAAAGCCAGUUAACAUUCUGACUUUACACUUUGAGAGAAACUGUGAUCGCUACCAAGAUGAAGCAUUGUUGUGAAGUUGUUGAACAAGUUUACUGCUAACUUUCCCCUCCAAUUUCUGACCUACUAGGCAAGAUACCUUGACUUGACAAGGAGUUAUUUAGUGCAGACUUGAUACAACUUUCACAACAUUUCUUACUAGAGGGUUAUGUGGAGAAUGCCAAAUAUUGAAGUGUUUGUAUGACACGUUACGGAAUGCAGAGUUUUUGUUACUGUCGUGUACAUGUGGGCUUGCUAGUUGCAAAUUCUCGUCAAAGGGCUUUGCAUUACAUAAUAAUUACACACAUGUAAUGGCUAUUGCCUUUCAUUAAUAAGACCAAGAUGAUGUUACAUUAAAUUACAAUGAUUACAAUACAAACAAGGCAGAAGUUUACAGGAAAGUGGAGGCUUGAAGCUAUUAACAGUAGUUGAACAAGGAGUGCCACUGGAACCAACGCUUCAACAACUCAACAAGGAGACUUGUCAAAAUUAGGACAAGUCCCCUUGCCAAGAUGGUGGCACCAGCGACCUUCCUUGUUCAACCACUGUUAAUCGCUUCAAUGAUUACAACGGAACUUCUAUGUAACUCGCUGAAUAAUGAUAUACAUGUUCACUUUCGAAAACGCUUUUAUGCAGCUAAAUGCCUCUGUAAUAGUGCAAAGAAAAUGUAAUUUUUGAGUUCCCACACAGAAUUUGCAAUUUUGUGUCACCAUUGAGUACUUGCCGUUUUGCCCACACACUGCUGUUUACAAUAAUUGGCAUAGAAAAUCUGCGCUGGAAUGGAAGCUAUUUGAAUAGCUAUCAUGCUCAACACUGCUCUCGAAACUAAGCAGACGAACGGACGGCACAGAGGUACAAGCACGAGUGCUCUCCUAAUUGGCUAUGCUAGCAGUAGCUUGCACUACACUGUCAUAUUAUUGUGAAGGCAAGUGUAGUGCAAGCACUUUGCUGCUAAAUUAGAUUUAUUACUGAAUGACUAACACACACAUACAGUGUCACUGCAGCAACAGUGUUGUUGAUGUGCCAAGCUCAAGUGCUAAGCAAAAUUUAAUUUGUACCACUACAUGCCUGAAAGCUGGCUUCGAAACACAUGUGAAUUGUGAUGCUACAUCAAAGAUAGCUUCAGUUUAUUCUUCAGAUUUGUAGCGAUAUUUUGCAGCAUGUGAUCUACUCCAAAUUAAAACCUUGUCCAAGAUAUUCUUUCAAGGUUAAUACAGAUAUCCCGAGCUACUGCAUGCCAAAUGAAAUUCAUUGUUACAAUGUCAGGGCAUUCAGUAAAAAAUUUUUUUGACAAAUGAAGCAUGAAGAGAUUUUGCAGCAAUACUGUUUAGUUGAUGUGCUGAAGAUUAUUGCGUGUUCUGCUGGGCCUAAAUAUAGAUUUGAUAGAGUGCAUAAGGAAAUAAAGGUGAUGAGAAGGGGUGUUAAACCACUAUUCGAGCUCUAUGUUGCCACUGUGCAGUAUUUAGUCAGUAAUCUAGCGUCUGUGCAACUGUUUCGUCUUUUGCUUGCCACCUAAUCGUUGAGGCUAUCUUCCACUUUAAGAGUCUAUGAAAAUUUAACAAUUCUGCACUGUACAAUAUUAGACUGCUAAACUUAAUUACUAUGGCCAUUUACAAAGAUAGGUUUGUGCUACUAGAAUAUGCACAGUAAACUGUUUUGUAAUUCUUUCGUGUUUAGCAUUUUGCUGGCUGAUGCAAGUGAACGAAUUGGAUAAAUACACAUACAGUAAGACAAUGCCUUGUUACUUUCACUUUUAUUUGAAUUAUGCAGAUCAUUGAUGACAGUUAAGCUUUUGGUUUACGAAUUUUGGCAUACUGCACUGGAAUAGGGCCAGAUACCUAGGGCCAGCAGAACAUUUUGCAUUUAUGUAUGCAGGCAGUUUAUGAUACUACAAGAAGUGUACUGCGUGAUCUUGCCUACGUGAACCAUUUCAGGUGGUUUUGAAGUGGUGGAGGUAGAACCAAACUUCUGUGCAUAAGAGCCAAUUGUGUUUUAAUUAUCCUUUUAGUUUGGCUAUGACAAACAACCCGACUGCAAAGGGAAGGCAUGCAAUACUCACCUGUCAUUGCCGGAUAAAGUGAUCAUGCCACUGCUUUUUGUUUGACUCGGCAUGUUAAAUAAAAAGCUUUAAAAAAUACAA